AUGUCGUCCGCAGGCUCCCCGCAGCCAUCGUCAUCGGGCAGCUCACAGCAGGUUGAUCCAAUACUCCGCAAUGCGCUGCGCUACACCAUCAGCGCGCGCGAGUACCAGCUUCUCCACCAGUACCUCCUUUCCCGUGCGCCGGCUGUGAAGAAGCGCACGCUGAACCCAAAACGAUACGACGCCAUUUCCAAAGGGCCAGAUGACUACAAUGUCGCUGCUGUCCGCGCAUCGCUGCGCCUGGGUGUCUUGACAUUUUCGGGUCUGAAGGCGUGGGAGCUGAUCGCGUCUAAGCUCCUGGCGCGAGGGACUGUCCAGAAACGCCAGCCGCGCGUACCUGUCUGGAAAUCGCCCAACGUCCGGCUCAGCAGCUCGCUCGCCCUCAUCCUCCUCUUCCACCGUCUCCUCCGCCGCUUUUUCGUCCGAUUACGCGACACUCUUCUCAGUAGUGACGCGCGAUCAUUUCGACGGCGCAACCCACGUGUCUCGCGAUCACUGACGUCUAGGGUGGCACCCGCGAUUGGGUCGAGUCUAGCUGGCUUCUUUCUUGCCGUGUAUCCCGGAGACCAGCUGCGUGUCACAAUCGCCAUAUACAUAUUCACAAGAGCGUUGGAGUUCUACUACAACUAUUUGGAAGAGCGGGGCUAUCUGCGCAAUAAGCCUUCUUGGUUCGGAUCAUGGAUGCUUAUGCCCUUCACAUGUGGACAGCUCUUACACGCUUUUGCCUUCGAUCGCGAUUGCCUCCCGGACUCAUAUGGAAUGUUCGUUUCAAACAACUCUCCAGAAUACCUUCAAAAAAGGCCUGACGGCUAUCCGAGCAACCUGCCCUGGCCAGGGACAUUCGAUAUCGCCGACAGCCUGGCGGAAAUUUCAAGGCAGCGCUGGCCGCCCUUUGUAUCUCCAAUUCUGUUCCCCACGCAAGAAACCCUCCCAAAGCGUCUUGCUUCCAUCUCUGCCAUCACAUCCCCUGCACACCCAGCCAUAAAAUCCCUAUCCUGUGCCCUCCUACAUCCACAAGAUCCAUCCUGUCUACGAACAUACGUCCAAUGCUGGAUACAAUCUUUCCCAAAAAUCGCCCGUUUCUUCACAAUCUUCUACGCUGCUAUGAGCAUCCCACGCUACAAAUCCUUCCUCGCCUCUCCCUCGUCAGCAAUCAACUCUCUUGCUAAACACAUCCUCAGCAUGUCUCUCUUCCUCUCAGGCGCUAUCGGCGCAAGUUGGGGGUCGAUCUGCCUCUUCCAGAGCAUUUUCCCGCGUAAUUUCCUCCCCACGCAACGCUGGUUCCUCGGCGGCUUUAUCAGCGGCCUAUGGGCGUACCUCGGGCGCGGCGGCGGCCGAUCGAACUUUUUGCACUCGGCGCGCAUGUCGAUUGAUUCACUUUGGAAGGUCGGUGUUAAGAAGGGCUGGUGGAGAGGUGUCAAGAACGGGGAUGUACUCCUCUUUGUUCUGAGUUUAGCCACUGUCAAUGUCUUGUAUGAGGUCUCUCCCAAAUCUGUGAGCAGCGGUGUUGCGCGGAAGGGAUUGGGUGUGUUGAGAGGCGAAGGGUGGGUCGAUAGGGCUGCGCUUCCGAGGGACGAGGACGCGGAGAGUGCUGAUGAAGCGAGGUAAUUGUUAGUGUCUUAGGCCUUUUCUUGCUGAGAUCUCAUGAUAUUCGGCAUUCGAGAGCAUUUUAUUCGUUGUUUAUCAUGGUCGACUUUAUACCAUGUUCAUGCAGAAGCUAUCAGCGGCUGUUUUGUAUAUACUCCAAUUCAUGAUCGAGCCUACAUCGU